CGUCGAAACCCUCCUCUCGAAGAAUAGUAGACCCAGGGAGUUGGAUACUGGAUCGCUAUGACAAAUUCCAACGCAGAACAAGAGGUUGGUCGCACUGGCGAUGUCGUAGAAUAUCCCGUGCUGGUCAAAUCAACAUCUUCUCAGUCUAAGACUACGGAAGGAGAUGUCACAGCUCCCAACAGCACGUCGAGUUCGCCUCUCUCGUUUACCCAGACGCCAGGCUUGAACAGUAGCAGCAGCCACCACAACAUCUCGACAACCACCACCCAGGAAUCCCUUGGGGCUGUGACCUCCAUGCACGACUAUCAGCAGGAAAACCGCAAUUCGCCUCCUCAUAACCAGAAUAGUAGCAGCAACAACAACAUAGACAAACUCUCCCGGGGACCCCUCUCUCCCCAGUCCGCUCCACCGUCUACCUCUAUUCCCGGGGCGUGGGGCUCGGCUUCUUUGGGAAACACUCCCGUACCAUCGGUGAUCCACACCGAAGCGGGCGUCGAGGGUCCUGCCCCCGUUGCGAAAAUCAAAUCGCACGGAUCUGCGCCGUAUUUUCCAACGAUCGAUCGGACCACCUCGGGGAACAUGAGCAUGGGGUCUGCUUCCAGUUCUGGAAACCUUCUCGCCAAAAAGAACAGCGCUACGAAGACGACGGGGAAAAAGAAGCACCAGACCAUGAAGCCCAAAAAGUCGACCAGCGGCAACACGACUCUGACCCAGUCCAUAACGAGCAACAAUGCUAGCAGCUCUCAGGACGCUCGCGGUGGUGCCGCUUCUUCCACUGGCCAGAAAAAGCAAAGGCGGUUAGAACGGAACCGGCUCUCGGCGCAGCUCUCGCGCCGACGACGCAAGCAGUACCUAGAAGAACUCGAGGAACGUGUUGUCAAGCUAUCCCUGGACAUGGAUUCCGGUCGCCGGGCUCAUGCGUUUCGCGCUAUCAACCGGAUAUCGGAGAAACGAAAAGGGGCUCUGGAAUCCGUGGAAAGCCUGGCAAAGAGCAUCGAGGAAUGUGACCCCAACGAGAAUGACGGAUACGGGAACAACAAGCGUGGCAUGCUCAUAGGAAAACUUGAAUUCUCGCUGAAGAGCUUGGAAGACACAGGGCACCUUUCGCGGGUAAACAGCAAGGAACUCUUGAUUCUCAAUUCUUUCCUUGGACAGCAGCUGAAGAGCUUCUCGCUGCCGUCCCAUUCAAAGUUUAUUUUGUGGCUUACCCUGCAGGGUGACAUAUUUUACAGGGGGGGACGGGCCGCGAGCGAGCGCCUUUCGGCGGCACGCAUUGGGGAAAAAGUAAGUUGGUCUCGGAUUGUUGAUUAUGAGUGCGUUCGUUUCCGUUCUGUUUCUCGUCGUAUCUUCGUUGCUUUCUUAAAGACUUGACACCUCAAUCUAUGCUUUCUUAUUGGUUUCGUUUGCGGAUGUUUUGACCAUUUCAUUGAUAGAUGCUGGCAAAUGGUACCGACAAGGUGACUCCGGCAAGCGCCAUGUGGCCACUCAUUUGUAACGAAGUUGGCCUAUCCUACGAGUUGGAAGAACGCUUACGCGUUUACCAACGAACGAUUAUUUUGCAGGACAAGACGACCUGGCUGGAUCGGCACACCGCUCGUUCCUCGGCCCUCGUGAUGCAGUCGUUCCAUAACGCACUAGGUGGGAUGGCGCAGAUGGUGGGGCGCCGGGAGAGCGAAAUGUCCCAAAACAUCUUGACCCCGUUGCAACGAGCCAAAUUCCUUGCCUGGACCCACAAGAAUUCUUCUCGCAUAAAGGAACGACUCGAAGCCAGACGAAAACGACCCUUGGAUCAGCAAAAGGAUGCGAAAACUGUUGGUGUUGAAGAGAUCGAUAUUGGGUCAUGUGUGGAUCGUAACUACCCGCUGAAGAAAUCGCAUCACUUGGCCGCUAAUAUGUAUAUUCUCAACCACCAACUGCAGAGAAUUCUCAAGGACUUCCCAUACCAGUCUCCUUCUAUUCUGAAGCCGUCAGUCUUGAAAAAGCUUAUGCGUCGAGCAUCGUUUGAGUCGCUUGGACAACAAAAGGAAGGAAAUCUCCCACGGGACGACUCAUUCAUAUCCGGCGGUUCGAUGAAAUCAUUUUCGUCCAACGGUUCGCUGAGCAAGAGCGGAUCGAGUCUGAGCUUGGGCGGUGGAAACGAUUCGGAACGGCCGACAGCUCUGAAUCAAAUCACACCCACAGUUGGAGAACAAGCAGCGGACGAGUUAGUAGAUCAGGCAAUAGGAUUCGUGAAAGCGAUCAUUCCUCCUAUUCCCAAACCCACGAUGUUGAUGAAACCCAAUGUUCACGCUUCGGCUCAGAAUAUUGCCGGUGUAGCAGGAUCAUCUCAAAGGCACGACAAACAAGUAGUGAUGGAUAUGGAUUAUCACAAUCAUUGCCUGGUCCCGGUCCCUGUGGGUUCUUAUGGUGCUCCUGAGACUUCGGCCGCGGUCCCUCCAUCGAACCAACACCCUUAUCAACAAUUAUCUAUACCAGUCCAUCACAAUGGUUCUCAUCCGCCACCUCCGCUCAAUUCGCACAACUAUCAGGCUCCUCCCCAGCUGACGUAUCAAUCGCCACAAGCUCCCGAAAACUAUCACCAGCCACCACACAGUCAAGCAGAGCAUUACUAUCCGCCCCAGCAGCAUGUCCAUUAUCCUCCACAGGCGAUGGGAUCCCACCAUGGCGAGCCAAUGACGCCGAUGGACCACAUAAAUCACGACUCGAUUGCUCGUGGGUUUGAGGCAUCGUCGCCCGUGGUUCGGCAAGAUCGUGAGCAGCAACAACACGAACAAUCGGCAAUGAAAGGUAGGCACGUACGAAAGUCGUCCUUCUUGCCGCCCCAUUUGAGUGUGGUUCCUGAGGACAACACAAACUUCACUGCAGCCGACUUUUUGGCUGUAGAGGACUGCCUCAUGGACGACGGAGAUUGCGAUUGGGGCAUCGGAAUUGGUGUGGGCCUGGACAAUAUGGACACUACUGAGUAGAAGAAAGUACGACGUUCGAGUCGGAAGGAUGCGUUUUACUCUUGUGUCGCACUUGAAACAGAGGCGCCACGCAGCUUCAAGGAAUCAAUCAAGGAAGCCUUCACAUCCGCAUAGCACACAUAUACAAUACAUUACAUUCAUCCGGAAGCUUCCUUGCAUACACGCAUACACAUACACAUACACACAAUUCCAUAUCACUUGCAAUGGACACAAAUCAUACAACAGACAACAGCAUACAUUAAUUUACACAUACAACAUAGAUAGACGAUUUCUUCAGAAGAAUGAAGGGAUCACAAGCAUCCUUCACGACAAGAAUCAAGAUGUAAGUCGAGUUACAAACCAAAACGAAUACACACACACACACACA